CUGGCAACCCAGAUGUCGACGGAAUGUUGGCAGUAUUGUUCAAAAACGUCAGUGUCAAACCGAACCUUCGACUGUGUAGUACUGGAGAUUCUUUCAAUAAAUAAAAUAAGAAAAGUAAUCAAACCUAAGAUGAUAAUUUGCACAUGUUUUCUUAGUUCAUUGACAUAUCAGUGAAGCAAUAAUCUAGUCAUAAUGGAAGUAACGAGUGGCGCUGAAGAUGCGUUUGUGCGCGAAUGGACACCUUGCACUCAUAUUUUGAAUUUAAUUCCACCUCGUAUUUCUACGGGUAUAUUUUCUAGUGAACUGUGUCUGACUUGUGUGGACGCUGUGAGUGACUACAUAGCGCUGGGCACGAACGUGGGUUUAGUGUACUGGUACGACAGGAAAAAGGGUAAUAUCCAGAGGCUACGAUGCGAGGCCACAGCGACCCCCAUCACCUUCGUAAAGAUCGUGAACACCGUAGACUACAUGGUGGGCGCCGGCAACGCGGCGGGGCAGGUCACGGUAUUCCAAAUACCCAAGGAGCACCCGGAGAAUAUUCCUGACACGCUGAAGCCUAAAGUGGAACCAAAGGUCGAGAGGUACACAAUCAGCGACUUGCACAAGGGCAAGAUAACUGCCAUCGAGUGGUCCAAGAACGGAAUGAGGCUGUUCUCUGGGGACAAGAACGGCAUCAUCAUCAUGACCGAGAUCGACUUCUACAUGCACCUCUGCAAAUCCAGCGAGAUAGUGAACGAAGAACACGAGAUAGUGCAGAUGAGCUACUAUCAGAACACGCUGCUGGUGUCCAGCUUGUACCGCACGAUAGUGUGCGAGAAGCGAGACGGCAAGUGGUCGAUCAACCAAAUAGGCAAGCGAGAGAGGAAGAGCCUGUGCCAGCUCGGCGCGGUGUUCCAGUACUCGUACUCGCCGGGCGGCGGCGGCGCGCCCGUCGCCUACUGCGCGCGCCCGGGGCUCCGGCUGUGGCGCGCCGGCCGCACCGGGCAGGUGCUGCACACGCUCAUGUUCAAGGACGCGAUAUCCAACCCCCUCACCAUCGCCGAGCUGCUCAACCCGUCCUCGCGCAAGCACAACCAUUCCGACACGGAGUACAACCUGGGGCCGCUACAUGUGUUCAGGGAGCAUUACCUCGUGGCGCACAACGAGCACUUCCUUUAUGUGCUCGACCCCGACACGCUGCGGGCCACAGCUGUGGUGGACGAUCUUAGAAGGAUCCUCUCAGUGGCGGUAAACAAGGACGAGAUUUUCGUGCUAGAGGGAGGCCGCUCGCUCGUGCGUCUCGCUCACGCGCCCGAGCCCGCCACGCUCGCUUCAGACGACUCAAUCAACCUGAUGACGAAAUCCCUUACCAACUCAAUCCAACAAGUCGUGAACACAGUGCGUGACGUCACGCUCGACCAGACGGCGUUCAUCACCAGCGUGCUGGAGGCGCCAAAUUGGCUGACUAAGGACGCGAAGGACGCAACAGUGGCUGAAGAGUGUUUCGAACUGCCGCCAGUCAGGCAGUUGCCUGACGUGUCCCGCGACGUUCUCGAGUCCAUCAUAAACGAGUUCAAAGACGUGUCGUCGGAAGUUGAGGAGAUCAGGAGAGUCAAGUCCGAAGAGCUGCAGAAGAAACUCAAGCUGUAUAACAGCAUAAUGGAGAAGAAAUGCGACUCGGAGCUGAUCCACUCGCGGCGCAGCCGGCGGCGCGCGGCCGGCUCCGGCGCCUCCACGCCGCGCGCGCGCACGCCCGCGCAACUCACCACCACCUCGCCCUGUCUCAUGCACGUCAGCGUUUACGGAAGCAACGAGCAACAGAACGACGACCUUCUAGAAAAGCAAAUAGAAGAAAAAGAGAAAAUCCUAGCGAAAAUGCUCAACCUGGACUCCCUAAGCAUCACCACCAAAAUCGAGGACUGUCCCAAAGACGAGUACGUACCACAAAUCAAAGAACCAGAAAUUGUCACCCCGAAACAUAAAAUAGAUACCAAGGAAGUAGACUUAGUGCCCAAGAUUGUAAAGUUACCCAAUAAUUGGAAUUUAGAGAAUAUAGAGUUGAGGUUAGAAAUGCAGUCGAAUGGUAUAAAGGAUGCGAAGAAUUUGAUGUCUCCGGAGGAACAUUCGGAUAGCGAGUGGGAGAUAGUUUGAUAGUUGGUUUCAAAUUAGGAUACCCUC